ACCUCAACUCUCUCUCCGUCUCCCCCGCCGCCGAUCUCUUCUUCCUCGCUCCAAACUCCAAACCCGCAACGACCUCCGUCCGCAAGCAAAGCAAGAAAGCGCAUUCGCCUCCGGUCAGUUCUCGGUCCCCGGGGUAACGUUGGCGCACGCGAUGGCCGCGCAGCCGUGGAGGUCGCUGCUCUGCUGCGUGGGCGGCGGCGGUGGCGCGCCAGGCGAGGACGACGGGCCGUCGUCGCCGCGGCGGCGGACCGCGCGCGGGCGGGAGCGCCAGCAGCUGCUGCUCCCCGCCUCCUCCUCGUCGGCGUCGCGGUUGUCGCUGUCGAGCCUCGGCUCGUCGGGGCCGCUCACGCCGGAGGACCUCUCGCUCACGCUCUCGGGCUCCAACCUGCACGCCUUCACCUGCGCCGAGCUGCGGGGCGUCACCGCGGGGUUCUCCCGCGCCAACUACCUCGGCUGCGGCGGGUUCGGCCCCGUCUACCGGGGCCGCGUCGAGGACGGGCUCCGCCCCGGGCUGGCGGCGCAGGAGGUGGCCGUCAAGUACCUCGACCCGGACUGCGGCACGCAGGGCCACCGGGAGUGGCUCGCCGAGGUCUUCUUCCUUGGCCAGCUGCGCCACGGGAACCUCGUCAGGCUCGUCGGCUACUGCUACGAGGACCACCACCGGAUGCUCGUCUACGAGUACAUGAGCAACGGCAGCCUCGAGAAGCACCUCUUCAAAAGUCUCGACGGCGCCAUGCCGUGGAUGAGGCGGAUGGAGAUCGCCGUCGGCGCCGCCAAGGGCCUCGCCUUCCUCCACGACGCCGACACGCCGGUCAUCUACCGCGACUUCAAGGCGUCCAACAUCCUGCUCGACUCGGACUUCAACACCAAGUUGUCCGACUUUGGGCUCGCCAAGGAUGGGCCUCAGGGCGACGCGACCCAUGUCACGACGCGUGUCAUGGGGACGAACGGGUACGCGGCGCCCGAGUACAUCAUGACGGGGCACUUGACCGCCAAGAGCGACGUCUACAGCUUUGGAGUGGUACUUCUGGAGCUUCUGACGGGUCGCCGGUCCGUCGAUCGGGCUCGGCGCCCUAGGGAGCAGAGCCUGGUGGACUGGGCCAGGCCCUACCUCAAGAAGCCCGACAAGCUCUACCGGGUCAUGGACCCCGCCAUGGAAUGCCAGUACUCGUGCCAAGGGGCCGAACGGGCCGCUAUGGUGGCGUACAAGUGCCUGAGCCAGAACCCGAAGUCCAGGCCCACCAUGCGGGAGGUGGUCCAGGCCCUCGAGCCCAUACUCGGCAUGGACGACUACCUCCAGAUCGGCCCGUUUGUGUUCACGGUCAUAGUGGAGGACAUCAACGAGAAGAUCAACGAGGGCAAAGGCAAGAUGGUUGACGGUGAGAAGGUGAGCAUGAGGAUCAAGACGACGGUGGAGGAGAAGCGCCAGAGCCACCAUGAACGGCACCGGCAGAAGUUCCCCAACUCCGCGGUCCACGCCGAGGUGCUGCACCGGGACGGCGACCUCGGGCCGCACAUCAGCGCGCUGCGGCGGCACCGGAGGACGCCGAGCUACGUCAAGGAGAGAGGGGCGUAGGUUUCAUGGUUGAUCAGCGCGGCGGAUAUUAGGAAAGAAGCAGCGAAGGGGAAGAUUGGUUGUGUACAUAGUUAAGGUAGAUCGUAGGGGGGUGUGACACAACGAGCCACACAAAAAGACCACGCCGCAUUGGCUUGGUCGCCAAAUUUUUUGGUUCAAUUUCUUCGUUCGUGAUGAUAGUGAUACUUGGUGUAAUUCCACGCA